AUGGCCUCCUUUUCUGGGUUCUGCAGAGCUAGGACUGUGGGCUAUUUUUCAAGAGGUGUUAAUUAUGCGUCUGCUGCUUCUGGGAUUAGAAAUGAAACUGGACAGAACCUGGGAGAACGAAUCAGCAUGGAUGGUCAACUACAACAUCACCAAAUUACAGUGUCGAGGAUUCAUGAGAUUAUAAGAGAUAAAAACCUGGCUACAGAGUGCUUAAGUAAAUGCCUAUAUUCAGUUGGAAUGGGCACGAAUGAUUAUAUUAACAACUACUUCAGGCCACAGUUCUACCCCUCAAGCCGCCUAUACACGCCUGAACAGCAUGCCAUAGCACUUAACCAAGAACUUUCUCAGCAAUUAACGGUGACUUUGUACGACUAUGGAGCAAGGAAGGUAACCACCCUGUUUGGGAUACCUCCAAUAGGUUGUGCUCCCGCCAUCUUAGCUGCAGCUGGAACAAAUGGUUCUUCUUCUUCUUCCUCCUCAUGUGUAGACCGAGUUAACAAUGCAGUCCAGCUUUUCAACACUGGACUCCGUUCGCUAGUGGAUGGGCUCAACAACAAUCUAACCGGAGCGAGUUUUAUAUACGUGAAUACAUACCAGGUAUAUUCCACUUCUUCUUCAGCACUAUGCAUUCCAUCAAGUAAUCCAUGUGAUGAUAGGAGUGAGUAUACAUGGUGGGAUGCAAUCCAUCCAUCUGAGGCUUCUAAUAUCAUAACUGCAACCGGAUCAUAUAAUUCUCAAUCUCCCUUUGAUACUUAUCCCAUGGAUAUUCGUCGUCUGACUCGGCUUCGAGUUCAUUUGUAUAUGAUCAGUAGAAGAAGACAUACGUGUAGCCGAGAUGGGCCAUUGAGACAGCAGAAACAUUUUCAAGACGAGAGUUUCGAAGGCUUCAGGGAAAUAAUACAUGCAAGCAGUAGCAUUUUCCGUUGA